AUGUUCGCCAAGAUUGUGCUCGUUGCCCUCUGCGUGGCCUCUGCUCAGGCUGGUCUCCUGCCCUUCCAUGCGCCUGCACCUUUGGCUGCUCCACUUGCUCCUGCCUUCGCUGCUCCCCUGGCUGCCCCUGUGGCCACUGCCGGAGUGGUGGCUCCCUAUGCCUCCAGCUUCAACGCUCACCGCAUCAACCACGCCGUGGCAUACCCAGUGGCUCCUGUCCCAGCUCCAGUGGCCUUCGCUGCUCCCGUUCCCGCUCCCCUGCCCGUUCCUGUAGCUGCUCCCGCUCCAGUGGCCUUCGCCGCUCCUGCUCCCGCUCCAGUGGCCUUCGCCGCUCCUGCUCCUCUGCCAGUGGCUGCUGCUCCUGCUCCGGUGGCCUUCGCUGCUCCCGCCAAGGUUGCCUUCGCCGCUCCUGCUCCAGUGGCUGCUCCCCUGGGCUUCGCUCCUGCUCCGGCGCCCGUUGCCUUUGCCGCACCAGCCAAGUUCGGAUUCGGGCCCUUCGCCGCUCCCCUGGCUGCUCCAGUCCCAGCGCCUCUGGCUCUGGCCCCCAAGUUCGCUCCCACCCCAUACUUCUUCUAA